AAGCACAGAGCAGCCAGUGGGCACUGGGUUGAAAUUCACGGCAAUAUCUCGUUCGAGAGCGUCUGACUGGAUAUUCUUGACAAAAGAACUUGAAGAUCAACGAGUACCUAGUCCAGAUAACCCUGAAUUGGGAUUUACUGAGCUGUUAAUAAUGGAGAUGAAUCCAACAGAAGAAGAAAAUGAAAAUCUGAAUGAAGAGAGGAACAGGGAAUCACAAAAAUGCUCUGCUUGGUGUCAGAAGGUACACACAACGGUGUCUAAUUGGAUGCUCCCUGAAGACAUGAGAAGUCGCUAUAUGGAAAGAGCAAAUUGCUUGCCUCCACCGAUCUUCAUUAUCUCUAUAAGUUUGGCUGAGCUGGCUGUUUUUAUUUACUAUGCAGUCUGGAAGCCUCAGAAACAAUGGAUUACCUUGGACACCGGGGUGUUGGAAAGUCCAUUCAUUUACAGGCCAGACAGGAGACAAGAAGCUUGGAGAUUUAUCUCGUACAUGCUAGUGCAUGCUGGUGUCCAGCACAUUAUAGGGAACCUGGUUAUGCAACUUAUUUUGGGAAUUCCAUUAGAGUUGGUUCACAAAGGUCAUCGGGUUGGGCUGGUCUAUCUUGCAGGGGUAAUUGGAGGCUCAUUGGCUAGCUCAAUAUUUGAUCCAAUGCUUCGCCUAGUUGGAGCUUCAGGUGGAGGAUAUGCUCUAAUGGGAGGCUACUUUAUGAAUGUCUUAGUGAACUUCCGACAAAUGGUGCCACUAUUCGGUGUUUUCAGAUUAGCUUUUAUUUUGAUCAUAGUUGGUACUGAUGUGGGGUUUGCCCUAUAUAGAAGGUUCCUUGUUGGAGGAGAUGGUUUGCGUGCACACAAGUAUCCCAAGGACGUAGAAAAUCAUGAGACAACACAGAGAGAAACAUUCAGAUGAAGUAGUAGAAAAUGAAUGUGAUGAAAUGCUGGCUAGUCCUUCAGACAGAUUGUCCUCAUCCUAAGGUACUGAAAAAAGAGGGUAUUAGAGAGCAGGCAGUGAUGCAGUGGUCAUUGUCACUGGACUAGCAGUCCAGAAUCCUAGGCUAAUGUUCUAGGGACAUAGUUCAAAGCCCAUCAGGGUAAGUAAAAUUUAAUAGUAUCUGGAAGUAAGGAAUGACAACCAUAUAACCACUAUCAAAUUCCAUCAAGUUCAUUAAUGUCUUUUAAUCUGCCAUUCUUAUCUGGCCUAGACUACAUGUGACUCCAGACUCACAGAAACGUGGUUAACUAUACCGUGAAAUACUGUAGCAAGUCACUUUGCUCUAUUAAACCACAAAGUCUACAGAAAGGAACUAAACUGAAUGGAGUACCUAUCAUUGACCUAGGUAUCUGAAAUGACAACAGAAAAUAUAGCUUGUUGACCCUGUACAGUAUUCCUUACAAAACCGUUUGGGGCUGUCCAGUGAAGCUAUAGCCUGACAUAUUUCUGAAAUCCUGGCCUGCCCCUGCUCCUAAUUCUUAUUAUCUUGCAAUUAUAGAAGGUUACUCAUGGUUGACAAGCUGAUAAGGCCAGUUUUACAGUAUCAUCCAAAAUCAAUUUUUUCUGAUCUCAUUGCUAACAUACAGUAGCUCCUCAUCCCCAAGCUGACCUUUCUGUUCUUUAUGCUUUAUAAUGACCAAUGCACACUGGCUGAUAUAGUGAGAGGCAAUAAAACCAAUGGCAUUUGACUUGAGUAAUCAGUUAUGGCACCUGCAAGGUUCAUAGUUCAGAUUGUUACAAGAAAUAAAUAGUUAUGAUUUGAUAACUGGCCUUAUUUGCUUGGAAACAUUCUGAUGAUUGCAGCAGCAUUUCUAUUUAUUUAUACCCCUCACCAGUCCAUACCCUAUUCUGCCUUUCUUCUUUUCUGCUUUUAUAGAAAUUAAUAUUUUUCUGGCUUUACUUCCUUACUGCUGUGAUUUCCUUCUGCUGAGAGUUUAUUUAACUCCUACUUUGAAAGAAAUUGAAUGACAGAUACACACACAAGGUAAGAGCAAAUCUAUUCAUGUGUUUGUGGUGAUAUGGAACUGCUGUGAAUCAAUGGGAAUUCAUGCAGUUUUAUGACUCGUAGGUGCUUAAAGGUCGUAUUGCUUUUGAAUACUUAAAGGCUUUUGAAUAAUAGGCAUAACCCAAAGCAAUAAAUCUGUCUUUGUUUGCUUUCAAGCUACAGCACAUAUGAGUCACCUGGGUGUACAAAUUAAAAUACCAAUGGGGAGUCUAUUGCGUUACCAUGUGACAAUAUUAACCACACAUCUUUUGUACUGUGAAACCAUAUUCAUUAAGAGAUUAACACGAGAAAGAAUUGUACACUACCUCAUGAUAAGUGGUGAAAGAAGAUAUGGAACUAAAUGGUUCAAUUUAGAAAUAAACUGAAAAGGAUCUAAUUCUGAAGUCAUUAAGGCCCUGGAAGAUUUAGCAAAAACAUUGAAAUAAGAAAACAGCAUAAAAUUAUUAUUGGGCUUCUAGUCAUAACAUUGCAAAAAGUGCAUAACAGUUCAUAGCUAUCACUGUCAGUUUUUUCUAAUUAUAUGUUUUUUGAAAUCACAUCCAGUAUAAGUGUGUAAUAUUUGCUAAUAACUACAAAUGAUAACUGAAAGUACUCUACAGAAGCCAGUGUCCUGUCACCAAGUUACAAUUUAUAUACAUGGUCAGAAGUCACAUGACACUAGGUUAUAGUCCAACAGGCUUAUUUGAAAUCACAAGCUUUUGGAGCACUGCUCCUUCAACAGAUGGGGUGAGAUGCUACUGGAUUCACUUACGUGUGUAUAGUACUUGACACUGGUCCGGCUUCCUCAGAGCCAGCUAUCAGGGUGAACAGAACGUCUGACACUCAUGUUUUGUUUUUCCAAUAUUGAACAGUUUAUUUUUCCAUUGGUGACAAUUCCAUUUCACAAUUAAUAGCCUAGCUGACACUCAUGUUUAUCCCUUUUUUUUUUCUUUUCUUUUCUUUUUUUUUCUUUUUAACCCCCACACUACCACCUAAGUGCGGUAGUG